UCCAGAACCAGGUGGGGGCCCAGGGACACCGAGACAAGGGCUGGUGACCUCCCGGCCCAGGGCUCAGGCCCCACCCUGAGCCUCCUGAGCUGAGGACAAGAGACAGGAGGGAGGGUGACAGAAAGCUCUCCAGUACCUGGACCCUGGGGCUUGGGAGGGAGAUGGGGUAGACGACUAGACGGGGGAUCCAGACCCAGAGGGCUGAAGAGAGGAGCCUUGAGGCGAGGUGGGGGCACCCAAGCCCCUUGCCCUGCCCCGAUCACUGGGGGUGGGGCCCUUAUCAAGCAGAGACGUCACGGUCUGGUAUCAAAUGCCAAAGUCUAAGCUGGGACCAUCUGCAGUGUCCCUGAUGACACCUGAUAGGAGAGGUCCCUGGGUUCCCGGCUCCUAGCCACUUCCGGCACCCGGCACCCUGUGCCCUGGGCCACCCACCAGGUCUUCUUCCAGCCAGGACCAGCGAGGGAGCCAGGGAGCCAGGGUCCCCUCGACUCUGCCCCCGAAACGGGACUGGGCUCUCCUGACAGCUGCCUGAGCAGAUCCAGGCCUGGGCCUGGUCUAUCCCUGCCAGAAAUCCAUGCCGAAUUCCCUCACGGGUGGCCAGGUCCCCCCCCUUACUCUGGACACAGUUGGCCUGGUGGACCGGAGCCUGGGAAAUGCAGGGACCUCCGGUUCUGCCCCAGUCUUGGAAGAGGGGAAAAUGGACCCCUGGGCCCUCCCUCAGCUGAAGGACACUGGCCAGUCCUGGAAAGAGCUCAGCGUGGCCGGCAGGGUGCUCCGGGUGGCCACUGGCUUCCUCAAGGCCUGUGGACUCCUGGGCAGCCUCUACCUCUUCAUCUGCUCCCUGGACAUCCUCAGCUCCGCCUUCCAGCUGCUGAGCAGCAAGGUGACUGGAGACAUCUUUAAGGAAAACGUGGUGCUGUCCAACCCUGUGGCUGGACUGGUCAUCGGCGUGCUGGUCACAGUUCUCGUCCAGAGCUCCAGCACGUCUUCUUCCAUUGUGGUCAGCAUGGUGGCCUCCAAAUUGCUGACCGUCCAGGCGUGUGUGCCCAUCAUCAUGGGCGUCAACGUGGGCACGUCCAUCACCAGCACCCUGGUCUCAAUGGCACAGUCAGGGGACCGAGAUGAGUUUCGGAGGGCCUUUGGCGGCUCAGCUGUUCACGGCAUCUUCAACUGGCUCACGGUGCUGAUCUUGCUGCCACUGGAGAGCGCCAUAGCCCUGCUGGAGAGGCUCAGCGCCCUGACUCUGGGCGCCACCAGCCUGCAGCCUGGGGGGCACGCGCCCGACAUCCUCAAGGUGCUAACGCAGCCUCUCACACACCUCAUUGUGCAGCUGGACACUGAUGAGAUUGCAAGCAGUGCCACGGGCAACGCCACCAACAGCAGCCUCAUUAAGCAAUGGUGCGGCACCAGGGAGGUGAUGACCUCGGGGAACAGCAGCGACUGUGGAGCGGCGGCCUCCGGCCCCUGCCCUGAGAGGAACGGAACGGCUGCGGUGGAGCUGCUGCCCUGCCACCACCUGUUUGUGGGGACCACGCUCACGGACCUGGCCGUGGGCUUCAUCCUUCUGGCCGCCUCCCUGCUCCUGCUCUGCACCUGCCUCGUCCUCAUCGUCAAACUGCUUAACUCUGUGCUGCGCGGCCGCAUCGCCCAGGCCGUGAGGAAGGUCAUCAAUGCUGACUUCCCCUUCCCCUUCAGCUGGCUCAGCGGCUACCUGGCCAUCCUGGUGGGCGCCGGCCUGACCUUCGUGCUCCAGAGCAGCAGUGUCUUCACGGCGGCCGUUGUGCCGCUCAUGGGGGUCGGGGUGAUCAGCCUGGAGCGCGCAUACCCCCUCUUCCUGGGCUCCAACAUCGGCACGACCACCACAGCCCUGCUGGCCGCCCUGGCCAGUCCCGCGGACAUGCUGCUCAGCGCCCUCCAGGUUGCCCUCAUCCACUUCUUUUUCAAUCUGGCUGGCAUCCUGCUGUGGUACGUGGUGCCUGUCCUGCGGCUGCCCAUCCCGCUGGCCAAACGCUUCGGGGACGUGACCGCCAAAUACCGCUGGGUGGCCAUCGCCUAUCUGCUGCUCAGCUUCCUGCUGCUGCCGCUGGCCGCCUUCGGGCUCUCCCUGGCAGGGAGCACAGUGAUGGCUGCAGUCGGAGGACCCCUGGUGGGGCUGGUACUCCUCGUCAUCCUGGUCAAUGUCCUGCAGCGGCACCGGCCAGCCUGGCUGCCACGCCGUCUGCGGUCCUGGGCCUGGCUCCCGCUCUGGCUCCAUUCUCUGGAGCCCUGGGACCGCCUGGUGGGCCGCUGCUGCCCCUGCAGGGUCUGCAGCCCCCCUCCGGCCGCUGCCAAGGAGGCCCACUGCUACGAGAACCCUGAGGUCCUGGCCUCCCAGCAGCUGUGAAGGGUGGGCACCCCCACUUUGUGGACUUCUGGGUGCCCUGGGGGACCCUAGUAGCAGGAGACUUCCGAGUCACCUAGCUUGGCUUCUUUCCAAAUAAACAAGGCUAUAAACCAGG